GUUGGCUUGCUGAUGAUGUAUUAAAGAUUUAUACCACUGAACCCUUUCUUAUUUUGCUGAACUGUUGUAUCGAAACUUUGUGUAGUUGAUCAAUCGAUAGUGGUGGAAACAUACAAAACAAAGAAAGGGUUUUUGGUUUUAGCAAAGGGUUUUGAUUUUACUUGGUGUACUAGAGAUGGGUAAGACUGCAGGAAAGAAGAAGAAGCAGUCAGGAAGCAAAGCCAGUGACACAAACUCAAAACAUAGCCAGUCUUCUGAGCACAGCGUAAAAGUCUUUGAUGAGGACACGACAAUCUUCAUUGACAUGGCUCAGGAUAUGAAAGAGGAGGGCAACAAGCUAUUCCAAAGGAGGGACUAUGAGGGGGCCGUAUUCAAGUACGAGAAAGCCAUUAAGCUGCUUCCCAAGAGCCACAUAGAUGUUGCAUACCUCCAUAGCAACAUAGCUGCUUGUUAUAUGCAGAUAUGUCCGGCAGAGUACCACCGAGCAAUCAAUGAAUGUAAUCUGGUCCUUGAGGUCGCACCCAAGUACACCAAAGCCCUCUUGAAGAGGGCCAGAUGCUUUGAAGCUUUGAAUAGAUUGGAGUGGGCCUGUAGAGAUGUUAAUGUGGUUCUAAGUUUGGAGCCGAACAACCUCACGGCAUUGGAACUUUCUGAAAGGGUUAGAAAAACAAUGGAGGAAAAAGGCAUCAAGUUGGAUGAUAAGACAAUUAUAUCACCUCCAGAAGUUGUAACAUUGAAAGAGAAGUCAAAGAAGAAGAAGAGCCACAAGACUGUGGACAAAGUGAUCAUGGAGGAGAAGCACAGUGAUAUGAAGGAAGAACCCAUGAAGGUUGUGAAGUUAGUGUUUGGGGAGGACAUAAGAAUAGCUCAUAUAAUACCAGCAAAUUGUAGCAUGUUCCAGUUGAGGGAGAUUGUUCAGAACAGGUUUCCAAGCCCAAAGGCAUUUCUAGUUAAAUACAAGGACAAAGAAGGUGACCUCGUGACUAUUACUUCAUCAGAAGAGCUAAAGUGGGCUGAAGAAUCUGCAGAUCCACAAGGGUCAAUCAGGCUGUACAUCACUGAAGUUAAUCCUGAACAGGUGCCAUUGCUUAAGGAGGCCAAAAAUGGUUCUGCAGUGCAAAAGCUAGAUAGAAAUCUUAAUAGCAUUUCUGAAAAUGGAAGUACCGGGUAUUAUGAGGACAAGAUCUCUUCAACUUGUAUCAAUGACUGGAUUGUGCAAUUUGCUCAGUUAUUCAAGAGCCAUGUCGGUUUUGAUUCUGAUGCAUAUCUGGAUCUUCAUGAGCGUGGGAUGAAGCUGUACUCUGAGGCAAUGGAAGAAACUCUCACAAGUGAAGAAGCCCAGGAAAUCUUUGAACUUGCUGAGGAAAAGUUUCAGGAGAAUGGAGCUCUCGCCUUGUUUAAUUGGGGCAAUGUUCACAUGUCUCGUGCCAGGAAGAGGUUGUUCUUGCCAGAAGAUGCUCCCAAGGAAUCAAUACUUGCACAAGUCAAAGCUGCAUAUGAAUGGGCUCAGGCAGAAUAUGUUAAAGCAGGAAAGAGAUAUGAAGAAGCUCUGAAAAUCAAACCAGACUUCUAUGAAGGCCUUCUUGCACUUGGGCAGCAACAAUUUGAGCAAGCAAAACUUUCUUGGUACUAUGCAAUUGGAAGCAAGGUAGAUUUGGAUACCUGGCCUUCAGCAGAUGUCUUAGAGCUCUUAAACAAUGCUGAAGAUAACUUGGAAAGGGGUGCAGAGAUGUGGGAGGAGAUGGAAGAGCAGCGUCUAAGAGAACUGUCUCAGCCUAGCAAGGAAAAAACCCUGUUGCAAAAGAUGGGUUUGGAUGGAUAUUUCAAAGAGGUCUCCAACGACGAUGCUGCAGAGCAGGCUUCUAACAUGAGGUCUCAGAUAAACAUUUUGUGGGGUGCUAUGCUUUAUGAGCGCUCGAUCGUGGAAUUCAAAUUAGGUUUUCCAAUUUGGGAAGAGUGUCUGAUGGCAGCUGUAGAAAAAUUCAAACUUGCAGGAGCAGCACCAGCAGACAUUGCAGUCAUGAUUAAAAAUCAUUGUGCCAAUGAAACUACCCAAGAAGGGUUGGGCUUCAAGAUUGAUGAGAUAGUUCAGGCAUGGAAUGAGAUGUAUGAUGCUAAAAGAUGGAUGACUGGUGUUUCAUCCUUUAGGCUUGAGCCAUUAUUUCGGCGGAGAGCCCCAAAAUUUCAUCAUGCUCUGGAACAUGUAUGAUUUAUUUAAAGUCUGCAGAGGCAACAGGGGAUCAGAAUCAGUGAGCACUGCGGAGAACAGCCAGGCUGUUUUUGCUGCUCUGUUGUCUGGGGUGCCCUGGUUUUUUAGAUUCUAUGCUGCCUGGGCUGGUAGAUUGGAUUUAUACAUACUCACAGAAAAGAGAGUGUUGAAUUUGUAGCUACCUUACUGUUUGUAGAAAUCAUUCUUCACACUGGGUUCAACUUGAGAAUCCCUCUGCAACAUAUGAUUAUUUUCCUAUAUGCUGGUGAUAUAAAGAAGCUUUUAGUUUCUUUCUUUUGGAUUCUGACCGCAGCUUUCUCAGUUCCUACUUUUCAGAUUCAGAUUUGCAGAAAAUUUGAGGUUUUUUUUUUUCACCCCUUCAUCACUGUAGUGUUGUUUCAGCUCUCAAGAUUUGUACUUCAUAUUUGUUAGCAUGGUGUAAUAUGAUCAUUUAUAACUGUCUUUUAGGUAAAAUAGGACUACACAAUUUCUUGUAAUACGAGAUCUUUGUGUGUGAUGAACAUGGUGGGUAUUUGUUAUAAGAAACAGAUUAAGUUGCAACUCAAACAAUUUAUACUUUGGUUAUAUUGGAAGCCUCUGGUAUUUAUCAUGUGCCUGAGAUCCAAAGAUGUAAAUUAGUAGUUUCCUGGUAAUGAUAAUUUAUACUAUAACUUUCAUUACA